AUGGAGAACUACCAGAAGCUCGAGAAGGUCGGGGAGGGCACGUACGGUGUCGUUUACAAGGCGCGCGACCUCACUACACCCGAUCAACGCAUCGUCGCGCUCAAGAAGAUUCGCCUUGAAGCAGAAGAUGAGGGUGUCCCAUCAACAGCCAUUCGCGAGAUCUCGCUAUUGAAGGAGAUGAACGAUCCUGCGAUUGUGCGCUUACUCAACAUUGUUCAUGCGGAUGGCCACAAGCUCUAUCUCGUGUUUGAGUUCCUCGACUUGGACCUGAAGAAGUACAUGGAGGCGCUGCCUGUGAGCCAGGGUGGGCGGGGCAAGCCAUUACCAGACGGCGCGAUGGAGGGGAGGAUGGGACAUAUGGGAUUGGGGACGGAGAUGGUCAAGAAGUUCACCACACAGCUACUGACCGGCAUCCGCUACUGCCAUUCCCACCGCAUCCUCCACCGCGACCUGAAGCCCCAGAACCUUCUCAUCGACGUGAACGGCAACCUCAAGAUUGCUGACUUCGGUCUCGCCCGCGCCUUUGGCGUCCCUCUCCGCACAUACACCCACGAAGUCGUCACGCUCUGGUACCGCGCGCCGGAGAUCUUGCUGGGCGGGAGACAGUACAGCACGGGUGUCGACAUGUGGAGCAUCGGCUGCAUCUUCGCAGAGAUGGCGACGCGCAAACCACUCUUCCCGGGUGACAGCGAGAUCGACGAGAUCUUCAAGAUUUUCCGCGUGUUGGGUACGCCUUCGGAGAACGACUGGCCAGGCGUCACGUCGUUCCCGGACUUCAAGUCGAGCUUCCCUAAAUGGGAGCGCAAGCAUGAUGAGGAGAUUGUGACGAAGGAUGCGGUGAAGAUGCUGGGCAACGAGGGGCUGGAUCUGCUGGAGGCGCUGUUGGUCUACGAUCCGGCGGGCAGGAUCAGUGCGAAGCAAGCUUGCUUGCACGGGUACAUCCAACCAAGCAUGGGCGUCUUUGGCGGAAGGACGAAUGGGUAUCAUUGA